GGCGUUUGCUUCUUUUUGCGGGGCGUGCGUUUUCUUUUUUUUGCUGCUGAUUACCGCAGGUGCGUUGAACGCGUGAAAACAUCCGCACGGGCUCGUGUUGGUGCCAUUGGUCCGGGCGGCCGCGCACCCUGCUUCCCUCCCCGCCCCCCCAUUCUGCCGGGUGCGCCAGGGGCGCUCGCGGCGCAAGGGCGCCGCUGCCGGGGAGCUUGCGGGUCAAAAACUGGGGCCCUGAAGGGGUGGGGCGGGGCCCCAAGGAUAAGCGAGGGAUCCCGAGCUGAACCUCCACUGCGCAAGGCCGCCUGAGCAGCGAGAAGGAAAUGGUUUCACGCAUGAUGAAGUAGCGUUUCCACGCGUCGGAAUACGCGGGCCGCCAGCGCGGAGAUCUCUGACGCGCGGCCUGCACUAGAAGAGGAGGAGGAGAAGGAGGAAGAGCAGGAGGGGAGGCGAAGGAGGAGUCAGACGACCAUGAAAGAGGCGGGGCUCCUGGAUGAUCAGCUGCACAAGCAACGCUCGCACCUUGACGGCACGCUCGGCGAGUGCACCCGCUCGCGCCCCCACGUAUUGCAUGGCCGAAACCUGCGAUAACGAACCGCUAAUCAUCAUAGAUAUGAAAGCACCAAGACCGACAUCGAGGGGCGCUGCAAUGGCGCGGAGGUGUUCUGCCGAGACCCAAGGGGAUAUACUGAUGAGAACCUUGUCCACGAAACUGCGCUGGGGCCAACCAGUGGGCAAAGGGGGAACGAGUCGAAUCAAGGUAUCCCGAAACACAGGGCCUCAUGAAUGAUGAACCAACGAGUCUCCAGAGGCGCUGGGACGCCCGGGCGCACAACGGAGAGUCGCCCGGCGGAAACAUUUAGGAGCACACCACGAAUCACAGCCAGUUCGUGGGCGUGCUAAUUCCUAUGCGUGCCCGGGCAAUCUUUGAUUGACACCACAAGACGGGAAAAUUCACUGAUCAGCACCACCUGACGCGCGGGAGGAAUCCAGCACUUCGUUCGAGAGGGCAAUAUACUAGCCAGGAAACCGGAAAAACGGUGAUGCCUCAAAGCCGCCUUCUCAGUUCCUUCUGUAACUCAGCACACGGAGCCUGGGAAACCUGUGGGACUUGAUGGACCCUGUCAUAAUGCUCAAUCAUCUAGCACAUGAUACUGUUGGCACGCCAGCCCUCGACAUGCGGGACGAGCGUCCUCUCGUCACUUCCGGCAGGAGGCGGCGAGAACAUCUCGCCGUCUGUGGGGCACCGAGGAAGAGAACGCAGCUCGCUAUCUGGCAGCUUCGCACUCAAGGUCGAAGCACCUCCUCUCUCGGCCGAGAAAAAAAAGGCCCCCACGCCCCCGAGGAGGCCCGCGAGGAUGGAGAAAACCCCGGGGCUGCCGAGAGCAGGGCGCCCCAUGGGCGGGGGAGCGAACUGCGCGGUAUACGAGGAGGGGGAGGAGGGAGGGAGGGAGGGAGGGAGGAGGAGGAGGAGAAAGAGGAGGAGGAGGAGAAGGAGGAGGAGGAUGGGCUCUGAGCGUCCGAGCAACUUGGCCGGGCUUCCGCUCGCCCGGCGAGACCGGCUCGCCCACGUGCCAGGC